CGCGUCGAAGGUUGCCGUUGUCGCGACUGGGUAGACGCGGACGAUGUUGAGCGCCGAUUAUUCGGUAAUACCCAAGUCGAACACCCAACUGUUGCGCACGCGCCCGUGCGCGUAGUCUUCUGCGUCCCACCGCCUCCCACAACAUUAUUGAUUGUUUGCCGGUUCGUACGCCGCGUUGAGUUCUGCGCGCCGAACGUUAUUCAACAAUAUUAAUUAUUAUAUUAUUUUUUUCCUGUGCCGUAGAGGUUUUUUUCCGAGUUUGAUUUGUUUAACCGUCUGUAAUCAUUGCCAAAAUGGAAGAAGAACUACGUCGCAUGGAGACUGCAGUACAAGAUGUUUUAAAUGAUAUAGAUAGAAAAUGUUUGAGGACUUUGCUAAUUAAGAUGCAUAAAUGUGCUAUUGAAUGUUGUAGAGACUCUUCAAAUAACAUGAAAUCAUUGGAAGUAUGUAAGGAAAAUUGCUCAAAAGAAGCAAUAGCUGCUCAGAACUAUUUUCAUAAUGAAUUUAACAAGUGGCAGAAUAGAAUACAACGUUGUGUACAAGAUUGUGAUGAAGCUGUUGUGGCCGAAAUACCCAGUGACAAAAAUUGGAGUAAAAAUGAGAUGAAUAAAUAUACAAAAGAAGCAGAUGGAUGUGCAUCACGAUGCUUUAUCAACUACAUUAAAAUAUUACCAGAAUUGGCCAAUAAAAUUGUUGAUAACUUACAAUAAGAUCAAUUGCAUUUUAAAGAUUACACAUUCAAGGAAAUAUAUGUACAGCAUCAAUCAUAUUUUUUUUAAUUUUAAUGUGUAUCAGUCUAUCAUAUUGGCUUAAUGUAACUUAAAGUUAUUCACAAAUUUCAAUUAAUUGUGCUCUUAUAAUUUGACAUAUUAUGUAUGUUAAUAAAGUGU